AUGGAAGAAUUAAAUUGGGGAUGCUGCGUAACGAACGAAAGCAAGGAUGAUUCUUAUAUAACUUGCUUGAAAUGUAAAAAAAGGUUUCAUUAUGCUUGUAUGUCGCUUGAUGAUAACUCUUUUAGUCCCGAGAUGGAAAAUGUAUGGACAUGCCCUGAAUGUGUUCGACAAGUUCGGAAGGGGUUUAAGAACGACAAUACACCGGUUCGUAAUGUAAGCACUUCCAGGGUUAACAAAAGGCUUGCGUUAAAUUCUCCCGUAGUUGAGAAAGAAGAAUCGAUUACCCGGGAAUCUGUUUGCAGUAUUGUUCAAAAUUGUUUAAGCGAAGUUAUGAAAGAUUCAUUUGCUAAGCUCAAUGAGAGUAUCAAAUUAAAUAUUCAAAACGAGAUGAAACCCCUUAGAGAAGAGCUGAUAACUAUGAAUACGUCAAUGACGUUACUGCUUGCUCAAUAUGAAGAAUUAAAAGCAGAAUGUUCAGAAUCAAAACGCAAAAUUACAGCAUUGGAAGUUGAAAAUAAUGAACUAAAAAGUAAUGUGUGCGACUUACAGUUACGUUGUAAUAAUAUUGAGCAACGACUACGGCAAAAUAAUAUCGAAAUACAAUGCAUUCCUGAGCAUAAAAAUGAAAACUUGUUGAGUAUAAUUAACAAUCUUGCCACAGUGGUUGGAUGUGAAUUGGACAGCAAAGAAAUCUUAAAUUUCACCCGCACUGCUAAAGCUAAUCGUACUAGUACGCGAUCUAGCGCCUUUCGUAAAACACCUGUCAAUGUUACACGUAUCAAAUUCCAUUUAAACAAUUCCCAGGACCAACCAUAG